UCGUACAGAAGCGUCACCUGGCGAUAUUAUUCAAAAGUGCAGAUCUCCAGUAGAGAGCACACAUGGUACAGAGCACGUCUGGGAGGGAGCACGUAGUGUCACACGUGUAGUCCUGCCAAUAUUUGUUGUCUUUCUUCUUUUAUUCAGUGCUUCAGGCCAUUAACAAGAUGUUUUGGGGUCUGACCCUUGAGGUUGGUAAGCAGUACACACAGAUAGUGGAGGAGGGGUUCCAUAUCACCAGGGCAACCCUGGACCCUCUCACCAUCAAAGGCAAGGAAGGAGAGGGUGAUGCCCAUCUGGUGUACAUCCUUCGUCUGCGCCACAACAAGCAGGACUACAUCCUCUGUACGCUGGAGCCCAGCAAGCAGUACUCCGAACCGCUGGACCUCAGCUUCUCCGAGGGAGAGGAGGUCAGCUUCUUCCUGGAGGGGAGCGAUGAAGGAACCCUCCACCUGACAGGGUACCUGGAGGAGCUUCAGUCCAUGCCCCCCGAGGAGGUGAUGUUAGACAGUGACAUGGAGGAGAUGUCUUCUGAGGAGGGGGAGGAGGAGGAGGAGUCAAGUGAUGAGGAAGAGGUCCCAAAUGGCCUGUCACUACAUGCCUUAACUGCUGGAGAUGAGCUAGAAGAGGAGUCUGAAGAAGAGUGGGCACCAAACUCAGGUAAGAGCAAAAAGCGGAAGAGAGUGGGAGUAGCUGAGAAGGGCAAGAAGAAGAGAAAGAAGUCAGCAUCAUCAACAUCUACAUCAACAUCCACACCCAGUACAGGAGAAGAGGAGGAGGAUGAAGAGUUAUCUGAUGAACUGGAUGAUGAGGAAGAAGAUUCAGAGGAGUUUGAUUCAGAAGAAGAUGAUGAAGAUGAUGAUGAUGAGGAGGAGGAAAGUGAGGAGGAAAGUGAGGAGGAAGAGGAAGAAGUAGGAGAGAGCGCUAUGGACGGUGUGCGAGGUGUCCUUAACUUUGAAGAAAAUGAGAUGAGUGACUCGGCAAGUGGGGAGGACAGUGAAGAGGAGGAGUCAGAAACCAACCACAGUGAACCUUCCACCCCUGGAGACACUCCGGAGGUCAAGGGCAAGAAGCCACAGCAGAAGUCCAACAAGAAAGGUCAAGGUCAAAAGACUGUUGUCAAACAGCAGAAAAAUGAUGUGGAGACACCUGUUGCUGAGAGUCUGACAGGAAAGAAGAAGAAAGCCCAACAGCAGGGGAAGACUGAUGACAAUAAGACAGCAGAGAAGGGUGCUCCGCAGACCAAGAAGGAAAAGGAAACUCCAAAGACCAAAGUGGUGAAUGGAGAAGCCCCCAAACCCAAGGAGCAGACACAAACAGCAUCUCAGAAGAAAAAGAACAAGAGAAAGUCAGGGAAAGAGUUCCAGGAUGGUGCAACCACACAAAAUCCAGCAAGUGAGCAGGCAGCAGGGCCAAACAGCAAUAAGAAGAAGGCAGCUACACCAGCAAAACAGGUUCUCCCUGGAGGUUUGGUUGUCAUAGACAGAGAGCUGGGCGCAGGCAAGGUUGCAAAGGCUGGACGAAGGGUUGGUAUGUACUACAAAGGAACUCUCGCCCAGAACAACAAAAACUUUGACAGCCGUCAGAACGGAAAGCCCUUCACUUUCACCCUGGGUCACGGAGAGGUCAUCAAGGGAUGGGACAUGGGUGUACAAGGGAUGAAGAUUGGAGGGAAGAGGAGACUGGAAACUCCUUCUGGCUCACAUGGGAUCCACUUAUUGAUCUCAGCCAUCUGUAACCUCACCAGCCUGCUUUCAUUCACCACAUGGUAUGGCAGUCAGAGAGUGGGCCCCAUCCCAGCCAACAGCAAACUCAUCUUUGAAGUGGAGCUGAAGUCUGUCAGUUAA